UGGUGUCGAUACUCUCCCGGCCGGCAGCGGGGAGAAAGCUCGCGCUAGUGAGCGCCUAUCCCCCGCCCCCCGCUGUACGCGCGUGCGCAGUGUGCGCCGUGUCCCCUGUGUGUGUGUGUGUCAGUCGCACAGCGCGGAGGCCUCUCGAUCGCUGCACGGCUGCGAGUGACCGAGGCGCCGGGAUCGAGCCGCCGGGAGUGCGCGUAGCUGGGACACCUACGGCGCGACAUUGACCCUGGGACUCAAGGAGGAGCCGGGGGGGGCAGCGCGGCCCGCAGGCGCCGCCGGAGGGGCCGAGAGAGGCGAGCAGCAGCCGCCGCCGGAGGAGGAGGCGGCGCGGGCCGGGAUGGAGUGAGGAGGCCGCCGUGAGACUCUUCCGUGUUGCGGGGACAGUGGGAGGCCGGGCCUAAGAGCCUCCGGGCUCGUUGGAGACUGAGACCCCCCAAGCCCCACCCCCCGCUGCUGCCGGGCGGCCCGAGCGCGGGGGUCGCGCGGCCCGAUGUGAGGCGCGGCCGGGCGGGCGGCGCGGUCUGUGAGGCGGGCUGCGGGGCCGGGGUCUGUCUGUGCGCGGCGCGGUGUCUCCAUGGCGCCGGCAGCGCCCUGAAGGCGGCGGCGGCGGAUUCGCAGGCCGCGUCCUAGUCCUCGGUCUUGAGUGAUCUCGAUGCCGAGCACCUCGGACGCGGCGCCAGCUGGAGGGAGCGGGGGAAGCCGGGGCUGGGGCGGCUCGGCAGCGGUGGAGGCGCCGGCGGACAAGAAGCGGCUACAUCACCGGAGACGGAAGCGCUUCGCGGCCCAGCCGCAGCCUCCCGCUCCGCCGCCGCCGGCUCCUCACCCGCUGCUGUUUCCACUCUUGCAGCCGCCGCUCCUGCAGCCGCCGCUGCCGCCGCAGUCUCUGCUGUUCCUGGCGGCCACCAGCGCCUCCUCCUGCUGCGGGGACGGGGGGGAGCGGAAGCGGCCCCGGGGCAAGCGGCGCUCGGGGUCCCGGCACAAGCGGCGUCGGGGCCGCGGGGGAGGCGCAGGGGGCGGCGGCGGCGGCGCCCAGGAGCCGGAGAAGCGGCGCGGUAGCGGGGGGCUGAGCACUCUGGUGGAGGAGUACGACGACGUGAGCUCCCAGUCCGAGGGGCUGGUGGGAAGCGGAGCGGCCGGACCAGGCGGGGCGGGGAGCGGCGGGGGAAGCCCGGCCUCCUCCUCCGGCGGGGGGAGCCAGCGCCCCCGGGGGGAGUCGGAGCGGAGCAGCCGGCCGCGCCGGGAACAUCGCGGCAGCAGCGGUCGCUCCAGAGAGCGGCACCGGGAGCACCGCAGGCGGGGGGAGGAGAAGCAGCAGGAGGGGACGGCGGUAGCCAGGGGGGGAGCCGAGGCUUCCUCUUCCUCCUCCAAGUCCCGCAGCCGCCACAAUCAGACCGGGGGCCAGGACCGGGAGGGCCCCAAGAGCAGCAGUGGCGGCGGCAGCGACGCCCGCAGGAAGGGCCCGGCCGCCUCCCCCAGCAGUGGCAGGAAGGAGUGGGAGGGCAAAGCGCACAAGAGCAGGACUAAAGCGGCCAAAGAGCCGCCCUCGGCCUACAAGGACCCGCCGAAGGCUUAUCGGGAGGAUAAGGCAGAGCCUAGGGCCUACAGGCGGCAGCGAUCGUCCCCCAGCCCCGGCAGGGACGACAGCCCCCCGUCGCACAGGGCCUCCCAGAGCCAGAGGAGCCGCAAAUCGCCCAGCCCCAUCGGCGGGCGCUCCCCCCUCAGCCCAUACAGCCGCCGCCGAUCCCCUAGCUACAGCCGGCACAGCUCGUACGAACGCGGUGGGGAUGUGUCGCCCAGUCCCUACAGCAGCAGCUGGCGCCGCUCUCGGAGCCCCUACAGCCCCACUGUCAGCAGGAGAUCAGCAAAAUCCCGAAGCAGAAGCCCUUACUCAUCAAGACGCUCAAGGUCUCGCAGCAGGCACAGAUUAUCUAGGUCCAGAAGUCGCCACUCGAGUAUUUCUCCUAGCACACUGACUCUGAAAAGUAGCCUGGCUGCUGAGUUGAAUAAGAACAAAAAAGCUAGAGCUGCAGAAGCAGCCAAAGCCAAUGCAAAAAUUUCAAACACCUCUACGCCUACUAAGGGAAACACUGACACUGGUGUGAGUGUACCUCAAACAAACAAUGUGAAGGAUCUGAAGAAAAUAAAAACUGAGCAUACACCUUCUCCUACAAGUGGUGCAACUUUGAAAAAUGACAAGACAAAAGCAAAGGUCUCUGUUCAGGAGACAAAGGUGGAAAAUAAUUUGAUUGUAGACAAAGUGGCUAAACAGAAAGCAGCAGCAGCAGUAAAAGAGAAUAAAUCAGUUGUUGUAAAGCAGCAACCAGUCACUGUAAAAGAGAAAAACAAACCACAUACACCAAAUGUAGGAGCCAAGGAGAAAGAUAGAAAUGUUGCGCUACUAACCUCCACGCUGCCACCCUUGCCUUUCCCUCCCAUGCUGCCUGAAGAUAUAGAUACUGACAGUUUGCGAGGGAAUCUUUCAGUGAAGGCAGUUAAAAAGGAAGUGGAGAAGAAACUACGACAUCUGCUUGCAGACUUGCCACUCCCACCAGAGUUGCCUGGAGGAGAUGAUUUAUCCAAAAGUCCUGAAGAAAAGAAACCAGCAGUUCAGUCACACAGCAAAAGGAGGCCUAAAAUAUGUGGACCACGCCAUGGUGAAACAAAGGAAAAAGACAUUGACUGGGGAAAACGCUGCGUGGAUAAAUUUGAUAUAAUUGGCAUUAUUGGAGAAGGCACUUAUGGGCAAGUUUACAAAGCCAGAGAUAAGGAUACGGGAGAAAUGGUGGCGCUAAAGAAAGUACGGCUGGAUAAUGAAAAGGAGGGUUUUCCAAUUACAGCUAUUCGGGAGAUUAAGAUUCUUCGACAGCUUAACCAUCAAAGCAUUAUCAACAUGAAGGAAAUAGUGACAGAUAAGGAAGAUGCUUUGGAUUUUAAGAAGGACAAAGGUCACAAUAUCCCUGUGGCAACUACAACAAUUGGUUACAUGGCAAGUGCAUUUUACCUGGUCUUUGAAUAUAUGGACCAUGACUUGAUGGGACUCCUGGAAUCUGGCUUGGUUCAUUUUAAUGAAAAUCACAUAAAGUCAUUUAUGAGACAGUUGAUGGAGGGAUUGGAUUACUGCCAUAAGAAGAACUUCCUGCACAGAGAUAUUAAAUGCUCAAAUAUUCUACUGAAUAAUAGAGGGCAGAUUAAGCUUGCAGACUUUGGGCUUGCUCGACUGUAUAGCUCAGAGGAGAGUCGACCAUAUACCAACAAAGUUAUUACUUUAUGGUACCGGCCUCCUGAACUUCUGCUUGGAGAGGAAAGAUAUACUCCAGCCAUAGAUGUCUGGAGCUGUGGCUGUAUCCUGGGUGAACUUUUUACUAAAAAACCAAUAUUUCAAGCAAAUCAGGAACUUGCUCAGCUGGAACUAAUAAGCCGAAUUUGUGGGAGUCCUUGUCCUGCAGUCUGGCCUGAUGUAAUAAAGUUAGCCUAUUUCAACACCAUGAAACCAAAGAAGCAGUAUCGUCGAAAAUUGAGAGAAGAGUUUGCUUUUAUUCCACCAGCUGCGUUAGAUCUGUUUGAUUAUAUGCUUGCUUUGGACCCUAGCAAGCGUUGCACAGCUGAACAGGCUCUUCAGUGUGAGUUUCUGCGAGAUGUGGAACCUUCUAAAAUGCCUCCUCCAGACCUUCCUUUGUGGCAAGAUUGUCAUGAACUGUGGAGUAAGAAACGUAGACGGCAAAAGCAGAUGGGCAUGGCAGAUGACACAACAGCAGCUAAAAUUCCUAGGAAGGAUUUGUCUUUAGGCCUGGAUGAUAGCAGAACCAACACCCCACAAGGCAUGCAGACUUCUUCCAAACUCACAACUCAGGGCAACUCUAGUGUAGCACUUGUGAAAACGGGCACUGGACAGCAGUUAAACCAGAAUGAAGUGGCAAUCCUGCUAAAUCUUCUACAGUCUAAAUCAAGUGUUAGCAUGGCACAUUUUGCCGAAGUGUUGAAUAUUAAGAUAAAUGCAGAGACUCAGCAGCAACUAGAUAAAAUAAACAUCCCGGCUGGUAUUUUGGCAGCAGGUGAAAAACAGCCAGAGCAACAGCCGCCUCCACCACCACCAGAACAGGAGCCUUUGCAGCAGCCAGCGGUCACUCAGCCAGCUGUCCCCCCUGCUCAGCUGACUCAGCCUAAAAUUGAGACUGAUGCUGCCCAGGCAGCUGUGCAGAGCGCAUUUGCUGUGUUGUUGUCUCAGUUAAUAAAGACUCAGCAAACAAAGCAAAAAGAACUUGUACUAGAGGAGAAGGAGAAUGGAUCAGGAAAUGAAAUGUCGUUACAACUCAGGCAGCCUCCGGAGCCCUGCACUCCUGCAUCUGAUAACCAGGAGGACACGGAAUCUCCAGCAUCUGUUUACCCACAUCUGAUCAAAUCAUUAUACUCAUGUGCAGGUCAAGAUGAUUUGGUUAGACAGCCUGAGAUGAGGCUUCUAAACCAAACACCAGAACAAGAACGCCCUCGCAUCUUGCCCCCAGACCAGCGUCCUCCUGAGCCACCAGAACCACCUCCUCUCACUGAAGAAGACGACCUAGAUUAUCGGACAGAAAACCAGCAUUUGCCUAUUUCUAGUUCUUCAGGAACGGAUCCUCAUGCUGGGGUGAAAGCUGCUCUUCUACAACUGCUUUCUCAGCAUCAGGUUCGGCCAACUGAGGAACCAGUAACAACUAGUGUGGAUUAUCAGGCAAGAGACUCCUAUGUAACUGACUACAAGGAUAAUUUUGGAUCUUCUUUCUCUUCUGCCCAUUAUGGUGGUAGUGAUGGAAUAGGAAGUGGAUCAUCUGGGGCACUGGAAAGGAGAAGCUUCAUUGGAAAUUCAGAUAUUCAGUCUUUGGAUAACUACAGUACUGCUUCAUCUCACUCUGGUGGUGCACCUCCACCUCCUGCCUUUUCAGAACCAUUUCCCAGCUCAGUAACUGGUUAUGGAGACAUUUACCUCAACACUGGUCCCCUGCUAUUUAGUGGAGAUAAGGACCAUAGGUUUGAAUAUAGCCAUGGCCCUAUUGCAGUUCUGGGAAACAGUGGCGACACUUCCACAGGGUCAGAAAGUACUCAUUCUUUGUCCACAAAGAUGCACAACUAUAGUUAUGGAAGUAAUUUACAAGAAAACCCUAGUGGCAUUAGCCACAUCCAUGGACAAACUUGGACUUCUCCAGCCCAAGGACCUGGAUAUUCCCAAGGAUACAGAGGACACAUUAGCACAUCAACAGUCAGAGGGCGAGGCAGAGGAUUACCAUACUGAGUAUCUGUUUUUCCUCAGGCACAUCAUUUUUAUCUGGAAAGACUUUUUUUCUAGCUGCAGUUUAAAGCAGCAAUCCAAUAGACUUGAAUAAUGUUAAUUCAACAGCUUUAUUUUUAUGUGGAAAAGGGUCUUGCAUACAGUAGGAAAAUUUAAACUGCUUAAAACUCAUGCUGUCUGAAAACUAGAUCAAUUGAGUGUACAUGUUCACAAAUUCUAGUUAUGAAUUUUAUUUUGUAUUUUGGCAGUUUUAAGUGGAUGCUAAAUUUAGGGACAUCAGCUUUUUAUGGCACUCUUUCAGAUCUUCUGAACUAUGCACAUUUGUGCUUUUUUUGUAAGUUUGGACCAACUUUUAUGUAAAAAAUUUUACAACAAUCAAAGCAGGGCACUGAUUUAUUUGGUAUUUUUCUUUUUACAAAACUACCUUUAGUCAAAGGUCACUGUCAGUCUUUGCACUGCUUUCAGUGUUAUUGUGGAAGGUGUACUUUGUGCUCAUUUCAGAUAAUAAAACACAACCUUUCUCUUGAUGCAACAAUUUUAUAAAUAUUUGGUCAAUGUUAUUUUUUUCUUUAAAAAAAAGGAUGGUGUAGUAAAAUGUUUCCCCAUCUCCCAGACAUGUUUGUAUCAAAACUGUUUUACUUGAAUGGUAAGUGCCUUAACGUGUAAGUUUAAGGUCUGCGAAAAUUCUCACAUUUUUCUUAUAAAGGAAAUUCCCUUUCUUUAAGGUUAUUUUGUAGCUUGAUUCAAAGAUUAAUACUUAAAUAUAGAUACACUACAUUAAAACAGAGAUAAUUAUAGGCAACUUGGAUAGAGUGCAUUUUAAAGUGGCAUAUUUGCCAUUUAUGUCAGCUAAGCCAAUUUAGUAGGUAUACUAAGUUUUCUCUUCAUUGAAAUGACCUUCCCCAAACUGAAUUUACUGAGAGAAUGUCAAUGUGAAGACAUUAAAGAAAGGUAGGUUUCCCUCAGCUUUUCUCUAAAAGCUGUAUUAACUUCUGUAGUCCCUCUGCCAAAUAAGAUCUACUUUAUACUGAGCUAUGGAUGGUAAAAUAGACUGUAAAGAAGACAAUGAGAGAAAUCUUUUUCCUCAGUGUCAUUGGUAAUAGUUAAUGAGUUUUGUGUGGAAAGCUGACACUGUCUCCUCUUUACCACAUAUAAAAGCAUUAUGGAAAGCCUCCAAGGUUAAAGACCAGUAUUUAAUGCAACAUAGAACAUUUAGCAGUUCAAAUUUUCUGGAAACUGGGAUUGUGCCAAUUAAUCCUUUCUAUAUUCAGCUAUUCCAUUGAUCAUUGUAAUACUUGAUUUGAACAACAAAAAAAAUUACUGUAGCUAAAAUUGCUACCAGAAACCACCACUCCAGUUUUAUAUUAGUUAUACUUUCCAGCAUGUUUUCCUCUGAGAACAGCAGUCUCUCUCUCUCUCCUGCAGAGAGGGGAUAUGGCUAUAUUUUCCACGUACUGAAAAGAAUGUUUAAUAGCCCAUAUUGGAUACAAUUUUCCAACUGAUUAUCCAGUUGAUAAAUUGAUACAUUAUGUAAGACUGUUUAAUUACUUUUAAAAAGGUCAAAUUUCUACUUACAUUAUUACCAGUAGAGUCAUGUCAGUGACGUCUUGGAUUUUCAGAUUAGAAGCCAAAGUUGUCUAUUUCAUUUAAAAUUCUAAUUUAUGACUAAUUAUUGCAGCAUACGGUGUGAAGAACAUUAAAAUGUAGCUAAAUAGUGUUCAAGUAUCUGCAGUUGCAUCAUGGUGAGUCUUAUCUCUUUAGACUUCCCUCUAAAUCUCAUAGUUAUCCAAGUUCUCAUCAGCCACACUAGAGAAUCCUGCUGUCUGAAAAUAAAAGCAGCUAAGCUGGAAACAAAUAUUUGUGACCUGAAUAGCCUGUGUUUAAAAGAAAUUAAACACUUUAUAUAAAAUGA